UCCAGCAUAUGUUUUAACUUCGACAGAAUGCACAGGAUGGAAAGGUUCUAUGGUUAAAACAAAAAACUUACUUAGAACAACAAAUCCUAAAAAUUUCAGCUCAAUUGGACAAAUCCUUCUCAAAAUAUAUUUUCUCAAAGGCAAAAAUAACUCGUUUUGAGAAAACGAGCUUUGAACUUCCAGUAACAGAAAUUCUCAGAAUAAGACUUCAAUACCUUAAGAUUCAAAUUAUAUUGUACCUUAAGAACCAAAAAGCCCAGGCUAUCUAUAUCGAUUAUGAUGAAUAUUCUAAAAUCUCUUCUUCGCCUAGAAUCGGGCCUCACUUGUUUCGAAUGCAGUAGCACGGUCUCUCAUGAGGAGUGUCAAGAACGUCACCAACAAGUCACGUGUCAAAGUUCCAUGGCUGACCGUUGUUAUUACGCGUCGAUGCAGCAGACCUCGCAAGAUGGAUCCAGUGUUACAAAGCGCUUUAAACAUGGGUGUAUCAAUAAUAAAGAUUGUAGUAACACUGCAAACAUUUUCGACAAAUGCACUACUUCUACUGGACAAUGUGAAGUGCGAUGCUGCAGCGAAAAUUUAUGCAAUGAAGGGAUCAAAGAAGAUAAAGCAACGCCAGAGGUUCCAACAGAAGAAAGUACGGUCUUCGAUAUACCGAUUGCAUACAUAUCGUUGGGUGUCGCCUGUAGUUUGUUGUUACUGUGUUCUGCAGUAGCCUUCUGGAGCCACAGGACGUCCAGUCGCAAGCGGCUUGAAAGGUCAGCUCGGCGUCGACGUGAGAUUAUUCCAUUAGACAAAUGGGAAAUUCUUCCUGAACAAAUAGAAUACGAAGAAGAGCUGGGUAGAGGAGCGUUUGGUGUGGUCUACAAAGCAAUUCUGAAGAAGCGACAAGGAAUAGAAGUGUUUGACAGCAGAGAUGUGUUGGAAUCAAACAAAUCUUAUCAGGUGGUUGCCGUCAAAAAGUUACAAGAUGAUCCAAGUGAAACACAAGAAGACGAAUUCUUGUUUGAGAUAUCGAUGAUGAAAGUGUUGGGUGCACACCAGAAUGUUGUGUCCCUGGUUGGAUGUUGCACACUGCAGGAUCACAAGUUUCUGGUGAUAGAGUACGUUCCAUUUGGUGACUUGCUGCAUUGGUUACGACGCAAGAGAAGAUCGAUCGAGCCAAAUCUGGCCACCGAUGGACCGACGAUAGAUAAACGUUGUGACGAGAAGCAAGGACAUAGCAAAUCUUGCCAAUUCACACAGGAAACGCAAGUUGUCCUGCAAGAGACGACGGAAGAAGAUGCACUGACAGACCAAACCUCAGCAAAGAUGAAUUCAACUCUAUCAUAUGACAACGAAGGUUUUAUCCUUGAUUUGACCAGCUCGUCGGAUAAUAUUGCUGAAGAUGAGGGUAAGAUUUCGUUGAACACAGAAACUGACAUCGAACUGUCGGCGAUACCGUUGACAACACAGAGAAAAGCUUCUGAACAUUUGCUUUCGGACGAGAAUCUCUAUGAUGGACAUGAAGGAGACGACAGCUUUACCUCACAGCAGUUGUUUUCCUUUGCUUGGCAAAUAGCAAGGGGGAUGAAUCACCUCGCAGAGAAAGAUUUCGUUCAUCGUGAUCUUGCAGCCCGUAAUAUUCUGGUUGGUCACGAUAAUCGGGUCAAAGUGUCGGACUUUGGGUUGAUGCGUCAAAUCUAUGAAGACGUGUACACCGCCAAAAAGACGACAAAGCUUCCUGUGAAAUGGAUGGCCCCAGAAUCGUUCGAGUUCAGUGUUUUUACAAUCAAAAGUGAUGUUUGGUCCUACGGUGUUCUUCUCUGGGAAAUGGCCACCAUGGGAGGUGCACCUUACCCCACAAUGACCAACACACAAAUAUGUGGAGCACUGAAAAAUGGUUAUCGGAUGGAAAGGCCGGCAAUGUGCUGUGAUGAAGUAUAUGAAUUGAUGAAUGAAUGCUGGAGGGAAGAUCCAGCUACUCGCCCCAGUUUCUCGGAGUUGAUGGGCAGAGUGGAAACUGUCAUGACAAGGAAUGUGCCAUACUGCGACUUGAGCAAGCAUGACGAGUUCAGCCCAUAUUACAGCGUACCCGUUGAUGCCUUUUCCGAAACAAGCGUGUAGGGGUGCUAGCGAUGUGUUUAUAUAACAGGCGCGAAAAAAGUCGCUAGUUUUGACUCAAGUUUUGCUUGUGCAAGAUAAAACAAGAGAGAAAAAGAAUCAUCCCUAUAGUAACUGUUGUUCCUAAAAAAAAACUGAUCUAAUUUAUAGUUAGGCAAAAAAGUUAAGGGCGGUUAGUUUUGUUUGGACAUACAUAAGCACAAAAGAGGAAUCACGUGGGAGAAAGUGAAUGUGUGGAAGUUUAGGAGAGGACUUCACAGGAGAGAGACCUUUUAAUUUUAACUUGCGCUAAACAAUGGUUUACACAUUACAUGUUUUAACUUUAAAAUUUCUCCUUCUUUGUUUUCUUUUUAUUCACCUGCUGCCAAUAUAGAACUUAAAUUAUACGGAGAGUUAACAAGGAAACCAACUGUUUAAUUUAGCCUCCAGCUCGAACUUGAAUUUCAAUAAAGAUAGAAUCAAUUUUAUCAAGCCAUAUAAUUUCAGGAUGUGAAAUUAUUCAGUUAAUUAUAUGACUGAGCUCAAUGAAGAAUUAUUAUUACUAUUUCAUUACGCAAUUUGCGCGGAACAAUGUGACAGAGAUACUACGUUAUUUGAGGUAGUUAACUUAACUCUAUUGAUAACUUAUUUCGAUAUGUAGGUCGAUUCCUUUUGAUGGUGUAGACGGUUCAAACUCAGGAUU